AUGAAGAUCGCUACCGUCCUGGCUGUCUUUGCAGCAACAGCCGCGGCAACAGCAGCUACCAACCCCUUCUCCCUCGCCCGAGAUCUCUCCCCCCGAGCCGUCGUGGAACACGCCUUGAAGAGAUCCUUUCCCAACUCUCCCUCGGGUGGCUACGCCCCUGCGAAGGUGGAUUGUCCCUCGAACCGCCCGACCAUUCGCUCCGCGCGCUCCGGCUUGUCGCCCAACGAGACGGCAUGGCUCGAGCUACGCAGAAACAACACCAUCGAUCCCAUGAUCUCGUGGCUGAGUCGCAUGAACAUUAGUGGCUUCGACGCCGCGAGCUACAUCAACACGCACCGUGCCAAUGUGUCGGCGCUCCCCAAUAUCGCCAUCGCCGUGUCGGGAGGGGGCUAUCGGGCUCUCAUGAAUGGCGCCGGCUUCGUGGCGGCGGCGGACGAGCGAACUCUGAACUCCACAAACACGGGCCAGAUUGGCGGGCUGCUGCAGGCAACCACCUACCUGGCCGGGCUCUCGGGCGGUGCAUGGCUGGUGGGAAGUUUGUACACCAAUAACUUCUCUUCCGUGCAGGAUCUCCGCGAUGGCUCCCCGAAAUCCAACGUCUGGAAGUUUGAAAACUCCAUCUUCGAGGGCCCUGAUGGCGAUGGGAUCCAGCUGCUCGACACGGCCGACUACUUCUCCGACAUCAAUGAUCAGGUCAACAGCAAGCGCGACGCGGGCUACAACGCUUCCAUCACCGACUACUGGGGACGUGCUCUCUCCUACCAGCUGGUCAACGCAAGCGCAGGGGGCCCAGCCUAUACCUUCUCCAGCAUCGCUCUCGCGGAUCAGUUCACCAGUGCCUCGAUCCCUUUCCCCUUCCUCGUUGCCAAUGGCAGAGCGCCCGGGACGACCAUCGUUUCCAUGAACAGCACCGUCUUUGAGUUCAGCCCCUUCGAGCUCGGCUCCUGGGACCCAGUUCUGUACGGCUUCGCGCCGCUCGAGUACACCGGCUCCAACUUCUCGGCCGGCGUCGUCCCCACGGGUGGGCAGUGCGUGCGCGGUUUCGACCAAGUCGGUUAUGUGAUGGGCACCUCCUCCAGUCUAUUCAACGCCUUCCUCCUCAACAUCAACUCGACCGCGAUCCCCGCCUUCCUCCGCACCGCGCUGACCAACCUCCUGACCGACCUGGGCGAGGACAACAACGACAUUGCGCAGUGGCAGCCAAACCCCUUUCUGAACUACAACAACGGCUCCACCAUUGCCGCAUCCGAUCAGUUGACGCUCGUCGAUGGUGGCAUGGAUGGCCAGAACGUUCCGCUCUACCCGCUCAUCCAACCCCAGCGCAACGUCGACGUGAUCUUCGCCGUCGACUCGUCUGCGGACACGACAUACAACUGGCCCAACGGCACCUCGCUCGUCGCCACCUACGCCCGCUCCCUCAACACCGCCAUCGAGAACGGGACUGCGUUCCCCGCCAUCCCAGACGUCAACACCUUUGUCAACCUCGGCCUCAACAACCGUCCGACGUUCUUCGGAUGCGACUCCGCCAACUUGACGGGCCCCGCGCCGCUCGUCGUCUACAUCCCCAACUCCCCCUACAUCACCUUCUCCAACGUGUCGACCUUCGACCCUGCUUACAACAACACGCAGCGGAACCUGAUCAUCCAGAACGGGUAUGAGGGCGCUACGCUGGCGAACGGCACGCUCGAUGCGGAGUGGCCGACUUGCAUGGGGUGUGCCGUCAUCGCGAGGAGUUUGGAGAGGACCGGGACCGCUAUGCCUGACGUUUGCAAUACAUGCAUGGAGCGGUACUGCUGGAACGGAACCACCGACAGCAGGACCCCCGGCAUCGAAUACACGCCGACGUUUAAAACUUCGGAGAUCAAAGAAAAUAAUGCUUACGUAGUAGGACCGUCAAUGUUCAUUGUUGUUGCGGCCCUGGCUUCGGCCAUGUCCCUGUUAUAA